AUGUCGUCCCCGUUAUUCCCACAUCCCAGUCUCUCGCCGGACAGUCUCCAGACGAUCGGAGAAGAACCUAGUUUACCACCUUCUCCAUCAAAACAGCAAGAACAACUACAGGAGUCCAGCAGUGAGGCUCCCAGCUCCUGCAACCCUGCUACGAAACCUCAAUCCGCUUUUCCAGAUCUCGCAUACGGUUCCUCUCACACCUCCAACACCUUGCUUCAGGACUACGCUAGGAAUCUCGAUCCUUUGCAAUUGGGCGAUCCGAUCUCCCCGCGCUGUCAGAAUCAUGAGAAAAAUACCGGUGCCCCAUCGUCUUCUAUAACCCCUCAACUUGAAACACUUCCGCCGCUUCCCGGCUCUCCGUUCCCUCCGAUGAGCUCGACGAGAUCUUUCCUACAGCGCCGCCAAAACUCGCGCUCAAUCGAUUCCAUACCACGCCAGACAAUAUUAAAAGCCCUCGCUUCGAAAGGAAUCGGCUCAGUCAGUGGUCAAAUACCCCUUACGGCGUCAUUAGCAGGCCUUCCCUCUCAAACCGGCUCUGAGGCAGAUCACAGUUCGGCACAGGGGCGCUCUGUUGCUCUUCCGAGCUCGAGCCUGAACCACGAGAGAACGCCAUCCACCGCACCCUUCCCUUUAAAAUCUCCUUGCUUUUAUCACCAACGAUUCGACGCAGCCGUCAACAUUGAUAAGGUGUUUGAGGAGAUUGCUGCGGACGAAUGGAUGUCGCAUUCGAGAUUGAUGCAAACUGCGACGGGUGUUCGAGAAGUAUCGAAACAGUUGCAACGGCGCCCUAUUAAACUGGCGGUCAAAAACGUCAUGAUUGUUACGAAAGCACGAGAUAAUCGCCUAGUAUACCUCACACGAGAGUUGGCAGAAUGGUUAUUGAGCACACCACGAUACGGUAGUAACCUAGGUGUAAAUGUCUAUGUCGACCACAAGUUGCGAUACUCUAAACGUUUUGACGCUCCCGGUCUAUUAGCAAAAGAGGCUCAGUUCGAACAUAUGCUGAAGUAUUGGACUCCUGACCUUUGUUGGUCAUCACCUGAAACUUUCGAUUUGGUUGUUACCUUGGGGGGAGACGGGACUGUCCUCUUUACCUCUUGGCUUUUUCAACGUGUUGUACCGCCUGUACUAUCUUUUGCGCUCGGGAGUCUGGGCUUCCUGACGAAUUUCAAGUUCUCAAAAUACAAAGAACACCUGAAUCAAAUCAUGGGUGACGUGGGUAUGCGUGUAAAUCUGCGGAUGAGAUUUACAUGUACCGUCUACCGUUUGGAUCGGAAACCUGGACAUCUGCCUGGGGCAGUUGUAGAGGGUGAGCAGUUCGAGGUCGUCAACGAACUUGUCAUUGAUCGUGGGCCUUCGCCAUAUGUCUCAAACUUAGAACUAUAUGGUGAUAACGAGCUGUUAACAGGAAUCCAAGCUGACGGCUGUAUAUUUUCUACUCCCACAGGUUCUACCGCGUACUCUCUCUCGGCGGGCGGCUCUCUUGUCCACCCUUCAAUUCCCGGAAUCCUUCUUACCCCCAUUUGUCCGCACACUCUUUCUUUUCGCCCUAUGGUCCUCUCAGAUGCUCUACUCUUACGGAUUGCUGUGCCUGCCGCUUCUAGAUCUACUGCAUACUGUUCUUUCGAUGGCAAGGGUCGUAUCGAGCUUUGUCAAGGCGACUACGUCACAGUGGAAGCGAGCCAGUACCCAUUCCCCACAGUAGUUGCGGGCUCAGGGGAAUGGUUCGAGAGCGUCCGCCGUGCACUACGCUGGAAUGUUCGCGGUGCCGUCCAGAAGGCGUGGAGCGGCGAUACUGAUGAGGACCCCGACACUACUAAUGGCGAAGUCGAGGAAGACCAGUGGGAUAUCGACCCGGACACUGACACGCCUUUCGGGGCGGGGACCGAUAGCGGGCUGGGCCCGAGUGAGGAUGGAGAAAGCCCUGACCCUGGCUCAACUAGUCCACUUUGCAGACAAAUGAGCCUCCUUAACAUGUAG